UGAGAACUACAGGAACCCGUUUUCCUCAUUUACUGUACACUUUAUAUAUCACUCUAUUUAUUUUAGCAUAUAAGAUAUAUUUAUUAUUUCAUAUUUUUUAAACAUUAAAUAUGAUAAAAUGCUAGGUUUAAUCUUAAAAGUGUUUUCUUUUCAUACUGUUAUUUUUAUUAAUACUUAAUACAUUUUUAUAAGUUAAAUGUCAUUAAAGUAUUGUAUUGUUAUAAUUCUUGUUAAAAAUUAGGGGAAAAUGAUCAAAACCAAUUAAGUCUAUUAUAGGGUUUUUGGGCUUCACUGAUUUUGGCUACCUUCCAAAGAAUUAUUAUUAGAAACUCAUUACCUUGAAUACAAGCUUUGUAUAUAGCUUUACCUGUAUUUUGAUGAUAAAUUAAGAAUGGAUCCUUCUGUAUUAACAACAUUGAAAAUUUUAUUAAUUGGUCAAAGUGGAGUUGGUAAAUCAUGUUUAUUAUGCAGAUUUACAGAUGACACAUUUAAUGAAGAAAAUUCUGUCACAAUUGGUGUUGAUUUUAAAAUGAAAAAAAUUACAGUUGACAAUAACAAUAUCAAGUUGGCUUUAUGGGAUACAGCUGGCCAAGAAAGGUUUCGAACACUUACACCCAAUUACUAUCGUGAUGGUCAAGGAGCUAUACUAGUAUAUGACGUAUCAAAUAGAGAUUCUUUUACUUGUUUAGAAACUUGGAUUAAUGAAUUAAAUAAAUAUUCAACUAAAUCUAAUGUAAUUAAAAUGAUUGUUGGAAAUAAAAUUGACCAGGAAAGAAAAGUAUCUCGAGAAGAAGGAAUUGCUUUUGCUAAACGUCAUCAAACAUUAUUUAUUGAAACCAGUGCAAAAACUAAAGAAGGUGUCCAUAUGGCAUUUGAGGAAUUGGUGAGAAAAAUAAUUAAUACUACAAGCUUAUGGGACAAAAUUGAAGAUACCAAUGUUGUUCGAUGUAACGAUGAAAACAUAGGCAUUGAACCGUCCUCUUGUUACUGUUAAAUGUAAUAAUAUAAGUCAUUGUUGGACUAUACAACAAUUAAUAUGUAUUAAAACAUAUAUCCAUGAUAAUUUAUAAAUAACUAAAUAAUUGUAAAGUGUUAAUAAUUAAUCUUUUAUGUAUAAAGAU